AAAACUACCACCAUACCUGGAUCUUUAUCAAACGUAAUUCACUAGUCUGGACAUCAUCAUGUACUCCAAAGUAAUACUUAUCGGUGCAGUGGUGGCAAUUUGCCAAGCUGGUAUUAUCGAUGACAGUCACAACCACGCCGUCUCAUCACAGAGCAUUGUCCGUCAUGAGCAACCCAGUGAACGUUCUCAUUUCACACCUGUUCUAGAACACUCAGCACCUAUCAUUGAACAUGGAGCUUCGUAUAUUCAUCACCCAGUACAAAUCCAGCAUGCUACUCCCAUUCUCCAACAUUCAUCAUUUCUUGAACAUAGUGCUCCGUUCGUGCAUGCUGCUCCUGUAGUGCAUACUCCUCUUGUUCAUGCUGCUCCCCUAGUUCAUGCUACGCCUGUAGUUCACGCCGCCCCAGUUGUUCACGCUGCCCCAGUUGUUCACGCUGCCCCAGUAGUACAUGCGGCACCUGUAGUCCAAGCACCAGUGGUUCAUCAUGUAGCAUCAGCUGUUCAUCAAUCUCCAGUUGUUCAAAUGAACUCUGCUUCUGGCUAUUCGCAACGUGUCGAAGAGAAUGCUCCUGCCAAGUAUGAGUUUUCGUACUCGGUUGAAGAUCCAAUCACCGGCGAUCACAAGUCACAACGAGAAACUCGCGACGGUGAUGUCGUGAAGGGUGAAUACUCUCUCCUCCAGCCAGAUGGCUCCAUCCGGAAAGUAGAAUACACUGCUGAUGACCAUAAUGGUUUUAGCGCAGUGGUGCACAACUCUGCCCCGAAUGCGCACGCUGCACAAACUGCACCCGUCCAGGAGCACACGCCCAUUCAACCUGCGCCCGCGCACUAUGCACAUCAUUGAAUCACCAUUUUCGCGCACUGACUGUAUUAACCUAUACUAUUUAUAAUUAUACUAUUUAA